CGGGGCGGGCGCGCUGCGGCGGUCGCUGCUGCUGCUUCCUCGGGCCAUUUUGCUCCGCGCGGAGCGACGAGAGGUUGCGAGCUCCGGCUAGAGGAGGCGCGGGCCGGGGGAAGCGGCGGGCUUUCCGCAUUCGCAAGGUUCGGAGGGCCGCAGCGAUCGCCGGCGAAGGGGGUCGGAGGCCCCUUCCCGGUCCCUGCACCAUGAGCUGGGGCACUGAGCUCUGGGAUCAGUUUGACAACUUGGAAAAACAUACACAGUGGGGAAUCGAUAUUCUUGAGAAAUACAUCAAGUUUGUCAAGGAGAGGACGGAGAUUGAGCUCAGCUAUGCCAAGCAACUCAGGAAUCUUUCAAAGAAAUACCAACCUAAGAAGAACUCGAAGGAAGAGGAAGAGUACAAGUACACGGCUUGUAAAGCCUUUCUUUCCACCCUGAAUGAGAUGAAUGACUACGCCGGGCAGCACGAGGUCAUCUCUGAGAACAUGACGUCACAGAUCACGGUGGACCUGACGCGCUACGUUCAGGAGCUGAAGCAGGAGAGGAAAUCGAACUUCCACGAUGGACGGAAGGCUCAGCAGCACAUUGAGACGUGUUGGAAGCAGCUGGAGUCGAGUAAGAGGAGGUUUGAGCGGGACUGUAAGGAAGCCGACCGGGCACAGCAGUACUUCGAGAAAAUGGACGCUGACAUCAACGUGACCAAGGCGGAUGUGGAAAAGGCACGACAACAAGCUCAGAUACGCCAGCAAAUGGCAGAGGACAGCAAAGCAGAUUACUCCUUAAUCCUGCAGAGAUUCAACCAGGAGCAAUGGGAAUACUACCAUACCCACAUCCCCAACAUCUUCCAGAAAAUACAAGAGAUGGAGGAGAGGCGGAUUGUGCGCAUUGGGGAGUCCAUGAAGACGUAUGCAGAGGUGGACCGGCAGGUGAUACCCAUCAUCGGGAAGUGCCUGGACGGGAUAGUGAAGGCGGCCGAGUCUAUCGACCAGAAAAACGACUCCCAGCUGGUCGUAGAAGCCUAUAAGUCAGGAUUCGAGCCUCCUGGAGACAUUGAAUUCGAAGAUUACACACAGCCAAUGAAACGCACGGUGUCAGACAACAGCCUUUCCAGCUCCAAAGAAGGCAAGCCCGAGCUCAGAUUUGGCGGCAAGUCCAAAGGCAAGCUCUGGCCGUUCAUCAAGAAAAACAAGCUUAUGUCCCUUUUAACAUCCCCCCAUCAGCCUCCCCCUCCGCCCCCUGCCUCUGCCUCACCCUCUGCUGUUCCCAACGGCCCCCAGUCUCCCAAGCAGCCAAAGGAACCCCUCUCCCACCGCUUCAACGAGUUCAUGACCUCCAAACCCAAAAUCCACUGCUUCCGGAGCCUAAAGCGUGGGACUCAGUCUCUGUGUUACCACAAAGAGCUCAUGAAGAGGACUCUAGGGAAACCCACACACGCCUUGGAGGCUAGGGACUAUGUUCUUUCUCUCAAGCUGGGGGUCACACCAGAAGACUUCAGCAACUUCCCACCUGAGCAGAGAAGGAAAAAACUACAACAGAAAGUUGAUGAUCUCAAUAGAGAGAUACAGAAGGAGACGGACCAGAGAGAUGCCAUCACCAAAAUGAAAGAUGUGUACCUAAAGAACCCUCAGAUGGGAGACCCAGCCAGCCUGGACCAGAAGCUCACCGAAGUCACCCAGAACAUAGAAAAACUGCGGCUGGAGGCUCAGAAGUUUGAGGCCUGGCUGGCUGAGGUGGAAGGCAGACUCCCAGCUCGGAGUGAGCAGGCACGCCGGCAGAGUGGACUGUAUGAUGGCCAGACACACCAGACGGUCACUAACUGUGCCCAGGACCGGGAGAGCAGCCCAGAUGGUAGUUACACAGAGGAGCAAAGCCAGGAGAGCGAGCACAAGGCCCUGGCCCCGGAUUUUGACGAUGAAUUUGAUGACGAGGAGCCGCUCCCGGCCAUAGGGACCUGCAAGGCCCUCUACACAUUUGAAGGUCAGAACGAAGGCACCAUUUCCGUAGUUGAAGGAGAGACGCUGAGCGUGAUUGAGGAGGACAAAGGCGAUGGGUGGACUCGCAUCCGCAGAAACGAAGACGAGGAGGGCUAUGUCCCCACUUCCUACGUCGAAGUCUAUUUAGACAAAAACGCCAAAGGUUCCUAAAGGCAUGGUGCAUGUGGCCAGAGUCCCCUGAGAACCUCCCGGGGAGGGAGCCAUCAUCGUCCAGCCCGCUUGUCUCCACAGGCCUCCAGCACCACUCAGGCUGGCUGGGCAGCCUCCAGCCCACCUGCAGGCUGGGUCCCCAUAUCCUGCCUCCCCUUCUCCUUCACAGCAUGUUCCUGUGGCUCCACCAGCCCCUCUGCCUGUGUAUAGCACGGGUGUUUCUCUCCUGCAGCCCCCCACGGGGGCUGUCCACUUUACUCUGCUCCCUUCCCACCCAGGCCACCAAGACAGCUGGACAUGUGCCCUGUGUCCCUGCCCCUUCCGGGCUCCCAGUCCACCUGUUCAUCGCCUGGCCACUCCUUGCACAUCUCACACUGUGCCUUUGUCAACUGUCACCCCUGGUUUCCUGGUGACUAACAGAAUCCUGACAAGGAGGGCCAGUUGUGCAUCAGGUGGACUGAGCACCCAGCUGUCAUCCAUGCAUCUCUUGGGACUCAUCGUCAGAUGUGUCCUUCAUGUCCAGAGGCUGCUGCCUCAGGCCUUCCCUGUCAUCUAGCACUGUUACCUUCCACACUCCAUUCCAGGGGAUCUAGAGUAGGACUGGGGCACCCAGCCCCCAUUACCCCCACUCUGGUUCUAAACCAUCUACAUGGCCCUAAUCCAUAUUGGAGUCCCAAAUCCAGCUUGUGGGCCAGCCCCGCUGUCUUGUCUGUGUCUACCUGUUUGUGGUACCUUGUGAUGGAGGGCCUCACAGCCACACUAGUUACUGUAAGGCGGGCCUGCGGAGUCCUAUAAGUAGCAUUUGAGGACUCUCCUCUGUUCCCACCAAAGACCUUGUGCCUCUUGUGGUCCCUCCAAUGGCUCUGGCCACUGCUUCUUCAUCGGAUCCUGUUCUCCAGAAGCCCCAGAGAAUGGAUGGAGCUUGCUUUUGAAGCUGUUGCCCUCCUAGAGUGGUGGAGCUUGUUGGGGGGAGUACGGAGGUGGUCCUUCACACCUUUGAGCCACUCUCUCUCUCCUUUCCCAGUACAGAAGUACUCAAGGCUUGGCCACAAGCCCCUGUGAAGGGUGCCCCACAAGUAUAAGAUUGAGGAGGUUGGCGUCUUCCUCUGGGCAGUUGGUAGCUUAGCAUCAAGUCAGAGGAUAAAAGACAGGGGAGUCUUACAAAACCAGAGACAGGGGCAGAGAGGGCAGGUCCUCAGGGUUGGGCCUGUGCUUUGUCUACGGUUUGUGGAAGUGCUGACAUCCAUGCAUUGGGGCCGGUAUUACAGACAUUUUGUGAGGUACCACCUCAGAACAGAGGGGAGGGUACCAAGGUGGGGGAGCAGCUGACAAGGUGGCCUGGCUUUGGGUUUCAAGAGCAAGCAAGGAUUAGCUUCAGGCUUUCUUGGCCUGGCCUCCUCCCAGGUAAGGCCAAGCCCGGCACACUGCCCUCUGCCCUCUGGGGCCCCUGUGAGGCUGUUCAGGACUCACAUGAGGAAGACCUAGGGGACAGUAUGGAAGCCUGGUACCUAAGAGUGAAGAUUGUCAGGGUCUCAGCACUGACACAGUCAGUCUGACCUGUGGCCCAGGCAGUUUUGCUCCAGCAGGUUACCAGGCAUCUAACUCCAGAACCUCUGAUUUUCACUAAGUUGGGCUGACCACAGUCCCCUCCAGAGUGGUUUUUAUGGGUCUGUUCACAGAUCUCAUUAAGGCAUGAAGGACAAGGAAAGACUUGCCACAAAGGUAAAAUGGAGAGGCUGCCAAUCUUCAGAUGACCGUUAAAGCCUGCGCCUGUCCCUGUGUCCCUUCACUUCUUUUUUUAACUUCCUGUACUACCUUACAUCCAGAAAGGAUGGUGGCUGAGCGUCUUCAGGCCGUUCUCUGAGAAAGACGGUCUGCCGUGGACAUCCUGUGGAACUGUACUGGCUGUGGGGGGAAGGGAAUGCAGGAUUUCCCCAGAAGCUCUACACUCCCUGUCCCCAGGACCCCACUGCCUGUCACCCCUAGCUGCUAGUGUGCUGAGACAAGAAUGACUCACUGUAAAAGAACCUGCCCUGCAAAUGACUUAGAGAAGGAAAUAAAGGAACGUGACAUUUACCGCUUUUUUUUUUCUAUGCAGGACGUGAAGCUGCAAUGGCCCCUCCCUCUAGGCUGAGCAUGCUUAUCCAGGGCCCCAGCCCAAACAACACACAGGGAGGCCACUAAUGCCUUCUGGUGGCAUCUGUAGUGAACGUAGAAUGUCCACAUGAAGUUUAAAAAAAAAAAAAAGUUCCGUUCCUGCCAGUAUUUUUCCCAGAAAUUGCCAUUUUGUGAUUCCUUUUGAUUUUGUGUCUGUAUGUAUAACAUCCAAAAUGUCUCUAAUACUGGCCCCAACUUCUCUUUUAACCUGACAUCAAGCACCUUUUAAAUCAUGCGUGUGCAAGUUUGUGUGUGUGUGUGUUUGUGUGUGCGCGCGUGUGUGUGCUAAUUCUAAGCCUUGAGGGUAGGGCACUGUUGGGAAGGCCCUCAGAGCUGUCAGGUCUUGGUCUUGCCUGUGACUCUGGAGGCGGAAUUAAAACCAAACAAAGUGCUUUCAGUAGAGAGCACUCUUACCCGUGUAAUUAAAUGUUAGUCCUUUCAAUGUUAAAUAAAGUAUAACUUCUAGUGUA